AUGCAGUCCUUCUUCCAACAGUCGCGCCUGCGAAGGGAUCUGGCGCGCCGAGGACAGUCUAACAAAGCACCGGUCGAGGCUGCAGAGCAACCCGUCAAAUAUGAACCUAUGGAGAAGGAUGCAUCAGACGCUUUCUUCCUCGUCGAGUUCGAGGGCCCGCACGAUAGCCUCAACCCGCAGAACUGGCCCACAUGGAAGAAGGUUUCCACCAACAGCAUGACCGCUGCUGUGGCUUUUAUAUCUGGCUUCGCUUCAUCGAUUGAGUCCCCAGUAAUACCACAAGCAGCAAGGGAGUUUCACGUUAGUGAAGAGGCAGAGUCUUUAGCAACGGUGCUCUUCUUGGUUGGGUUCGGAGCCGGUGCACCCUUGGCCGGACCACUCUCCGAGACGUUCGGUCGAAAUUCCGUCUAUAUCACCUUCAUGAUUCUGUUCUGUUGUUGGAUUUUGGGGACUGCACUCGCGCCGAACUUUGGUGCUCAGCUAGUCCUCAAGUUCCUGGCUGGGUUUUGCGGCUCCACUGCCUUCACGACUGCAGGAGGAACACUCGGUGAUUGCUUCGAUCAUCAGAAACGCGGGAAGAUCUUUCCGUACUUCGGCAUGAUUGCGCUGCUUGGACCCAUGAUCGCUCCAGUGGCUGGGGCGUACGUAGGCUGGUCUGGGAUGGAUUGGAGGUGGGUAGAGUGGAUUGCUCUGUGCAUUUCUGGGGGUCUACUCAUCAUCAUGAUACUGUUCUUGCCAGAAACAUAUGCGCCUACCAUCCUCACAUGGAAGGCGAAAGCACUUAGAGCGAAGACUGGAGAGACUCGUUGGAAAAGCCCGCAGGAAUCGACAACGCCAGUCAAUCUUGGCCGAAAGCUUGCACAAGCAUUGUACCGGCCUGUUGAGAUGCUGCUGACCGAGCCCAUCAUCGCUGUCCUGACCACUUACCUGACCUUUGUCUACAUCGUGUCAUUCAGCUUUUUCACAGGAGCUCCGUACAUCUUCACGGCUUCCUACGAUUUCAACCAGGGCAGCGCCUAUCUGAUGUUCGUCGCCACCUCUGUCGGUGUGUGCAUCUGCGGUCUAGCCACGCCAAUCUUCGGUAUCUUGAUCGGCCGGGAGUACAAGAAGGCAGCAGCCAACGGAAAAGAUCAUGCAGAGCCGGAAGCCAUGCUUUGGUGGGCAAUGGUCGCCGCACCAAUCCUUCCAAUCUGUCUCUUUUGGCUGGCUUGGUCAGAUUACCCGGAUUUCUCGUACUGGAGUCCGAUAAUUGCGUGCGCUUUCUUCGGAUUCACGCUGCUUGCGCUCUUCCUUUCGACAUACCUCUACAUCAUUCAAAGCUUCACAACAUAUGCGGCCUCGGCUCUCGUCGCCAUAACCCUUGUCCGCUACGUCGUAGCAGGGUCCAUGGUCUUGGUGUCGAUACCGAUGUACAAGAACCUAGGAGUACAUCAUGCCCCGACCGUGCUGGCAGGUAUCGCCACGGCUUUCCUGCCUGUCCCGUAUGUCUUGUACUCCAAGGGCAAGAGUAUUCGUGGUGCAAGUCGACGGAUCGGGACUGUUGAGAAGGUGUGA